AUAAUUAUAGAGGCAGAUAGAAGCGGAGCGGGUACUUACAGGAGUAGAUUAGAGUUCAACGUUUUAGUAUUUUACUACUCACGAGUAAAAGCGGGAUGAAUUUUAUGGGAGUUGUUGUACGACGGGAUAGAAUAGGAUAGAGCAAAAAUCCGCUCCUACCCGCCGGGUUGCCACCGGUAGAGAUAAGUUAUCCUUUAUUCAGUUUAAGAGAGGGUCGCUUUUUUUUUUCCCUCUAUUUUUAUUUAUUUCUCUUCCAUUCUAUAUCUUCGUAUCUCUCUUUCUUUUCAUUCAUUCCUUCAUUUUUUUUCACGCAUGGCUUCUUCUGCAAACAACAACACUAGUGCCAUCAAAAUCCAUGAAAAAUGUCUCGUUCCUCCUCCUAAUUCUUCUCCCCAAUUAUCUCUCCCACUCACUUUCUUCGACCUCAUGUGGCUAAGGUUCCACCCUGUUGAACGCAUCUUCUUCUAUUCCCUUCCCACUCCACAUUCAACCCUCGAUUCCCUCCUUCACCAAGUGCUUCCAACUCUCAAAAACUCUCUCUCUCUUACCCUCCAACACUUCCUUCCUCUUGCAGGUACCAUAGUUUGGCCUUCUGAUUCCAACAAACCGUUAAUCCAAUAUAACGUUGGCGAUGGUGUUUCACUCACUGUAGCAGAGUCUACUGAAGACUUGAACCAUUUCUUGGUGAAUUCCCCCGUUGAGGCUUUGGAUUCUCGCUCUUUGGUGCCCCACUUGGAAUCAUCGGAUUCUCAUGCGUCUAUUGGGAUCAGUUCUCACCAUGCUGUCCUCGAUGGAAAAUCUUCAAUCAUGUUCGUUAAGGCUUGGGCUUAUCUAUGUCGUGAAGGUCAAUUAUCCAAUGAAGAAUCACCACGUUUGGCUCCUGAAUUGGUUCCCAUCUUUGACAAGGAAGCCAUUAAAGACCCAAAUGGGCGUGGCAUCAUGUUCAUAAACAAUUGGAAACAAAUAUCGUCCCAGUUGGACCCGAACAACAACGAUAGCAGCAAAGGAAGAACCCUUAAGAUCAUGUCAGCUGCGUUUCCUCCAUUGGUGGAUGACAGGGUUAGAUCCACGUUUGAGUUAACACGUGGAGAUUUGGAGAAGAUAAGGAACAGGGUGUUGUCUAAUUGGGACACCACGGUGGAUGAUUCUUCUACAAAGCAACAACCAAAGUUGUCGACUUUUCUUCUCACGUGUGCCUAUGUUUCUGUUUGCAUCGUAAAAGCAACUGAUGAAGAAUCCAAAGAAAGGGGUAACAAUAAUGAAAAUAAAUUCAUGUUUGGAUUCACUGUGGAUUGCAGGGCUAAAUUGGACCCUCCGGUUCACGAGAACUACUUUGGGAACUGUGUUGCCGGACAUAUCGUUGAUGCAAUAAAAGCAGAGGACUUCAGAGAAGAAAACGCGUUGGUAAUUGUUGCGAAAAAUAUUUACAAUAAGAUAAGAUCGGUUGGUACUAUGGAAGGAGCGCUUGAUGGAAUAGAGACGAUGUUCUUUAGAGCGGCGAUGAUGGUGAUAGAAGGGAAGAAAGCACUAGGAGUAGCGGGAUCAGCGAGGUUUGGUGUUUAUGGAAUCGAUUUUGGAUGGGGGAAGCCUGAAAAGGUAGAGAUAACUUCGGUGGACAGAGGAAUCACCAUUGGCAUGGCAGAGAGUAAAGAUGGGAGUGGGGGGAUUCAAGUGGGGCUCGUUCUUAAUAAGCAUGUGAUGCAUCUGUUUAAUGAAUUGUUUCAUGCUGGCUUAUAUUGAAUCAAAUUAAUAAGCUUUAUUUUGUCCUUUGUAAUCCACGUGAUUCUACAGUUCAUUACUUGAAUAAAGAAAGUGAUCCAUGCUACGAUAGUGCUGUUGUUUC